AUGUCUGGGAAACAGUAACGGGACAGCAGGUUCAGUCAGUCAGUCCCAGUUGUGAAUGGAGAUCUGUGCAAACAAUGACGGUAGAUUUUCUUUCAUUAAUUUAAACGUCAGACGCAGUUCGCUGUUGGCUAAUUGAAAAGAGACGGACUCUCCCAUCAAUUAGACAACACCGGCUUAUUGUUCCCGUCCAUCAUGGCGAUUGCCCACGUAGCCACCGAGUAUGUUUUUUCCGACUUUUUGCUGAAGGACCCCACGGAGGCGAAGUACAAAGGGGUGCGUCUGGAGCUGGCGGUGGACAAAAUAGUUACGUUUCUAGCGGUGGGACUGCCUCUGUUUCUCAUCUCACUCGCCUUUGCUCAAGAGGUGUCUGUGGGUACCCAGAUCAGCUGCUUCGCUCCCACUAACUUCUCUUGGAGACAGGCCGCAUAUGUGGACUCAUUUUGUUGGGCAGCAGUACAGCAACAAGCUGACAGUUCACCACUAUGGCUGCACAAGUUCUUCCCAUACAUCCUGCUCUUACUAGCCAUCCUCUUGUACAUCCCGGCCUUGUUCUGGCGUUUCACUGCAGCUCCGCACCUCUCCUCUGACCUCAACUUCAUCAUGGAGGAGCUGGACCGCUUUUAUAAUCGUGCCAUCAGACUGGCCAAGAAUCUAGCAUCCUUAGAUGGCAAAGGUGCACCUGAAGACACCCCAAGCAGCAGUGCCUUGGACCUGACAGAGGGUUGCUUCAAAUACCCUUUAGUGGAGCAGUACCUGAAGACCAAGCGCUUCUCUCGCUGCCUUGUGGUCAAGUACCUUGCAUGCCGGGGCCUGACUCUGCUGAUCCUCCUGCUGGCCUGCCUCUACCUUGGCUACUACAUCCGACUGGCCUCUCUCACGGAUGAGUUUCCCUGUGACCUGCGUACGGGGGUGCUGAAGAAUGACAGCAUGGUGCCGUCUGCUGUCCAGUGUAAGCUCGUGGCAGUGGGUGUCUUCAGGCUGCUCAGCUACAUCAACUUGGGGGUGUAUGUGCUUCUUGCUCCCCUGGUGGUGUACGCUGCUCUGGGACCAGCUCGCCAGAGCUCCGGCUUCCUCCGGCCUUAUGAGAUGCUGCCGGGCUUUGGUGCUUUGGGUGCGGUCACACCCUUUUACAACGACCUCAGCAUCUAUCUAUUGUUCCUGCAGGAGAACCUGAGCGAACUCAAAUCGUUUAAGUGUCUGCAGGUGCUUGAGUUGUUGCAAGAGGCUGGUGAUGAGGGGUUUGACACCAUGUGCCUACUGCGCACUCUGGGUCAGGUGAAGACCGAUGUGUUAGACAGUAAGAAGACAUGCUCACGCAAAAACAACGAAGAAACAACUAAAGCCGAAGAAUGAUUCCUCUGAGAUCUCUCUACUUUGUUACUGAAUGAUUGACCUGAUGAGGAAUCGCCCUGCUGUGGCGGAAAAGAAGAACUGGGAGAAAAACCUGUGCUCUUAUCUUUAUCUGAAUUUCUGGUGGUAUAAUCUAUAGCAAAAACAGAGGAGGCCUAUACUCAUUGACAGGCUGUAGUUUGACCAACAGACAUUUUACCUCUCCGAUGCCUCAAUUUUUAUAAAUGUUAAAACUCCAAGGACAUGUGUCUCAGGUCUGGAGUGAUCUGCUGCUGACCGCUGACCUUGUUUUAUUUCUUUCUGAAAUGAAAUUCCUGUUUCUAUUUUUUUCUAUGCUAAAUGCUACUUUUCUCAGGAUCUUAUAUGCAUUCCAGUCAUAAUGUAUAAGAUAAGCCAUGUUGCUUGGACUGAAUUCUGUACAGAGCCGACUUCCUGCCCUUCAUUUUAGAGUGAGAGAAGUUUCUCAACACAGCGUUUAGAUGUAUUUGUAGUUGAGGUGGGAGGAAGAAGAUGUAGUGAUUGAUGAAAGUUUGUCCAUCCAAAGUAAUCAUAGAAUAAACAUGAAUUGUUUGGUAUUAUAAGAA